UUUUAAAACAAAAAUAACACUUCUCCUUUUUUUUUUAUAAAAGUAAGGAAAUCGCCUUCUUUCAAUUUAAAGCUCUUUUUUUUUAAAAAAAAUAUAUAGUUUUCCUUAUAUUAGGUAAUAUGGAUGUAUACAGUUUAUUUAUUUAUUUAUAUUCAAGCUCUCAUUUGAUGUCUCACUUUAUCAUAGUUCAUCAUGUCAAAUGCGCUUUUGUUAAGGCUGUUUACUUCUGAAUUCUUUAAUUCUUGGAUUGCAGUUUCUUAUCUAUUUAGAUAUUCUGACAAUGUUGGCAUCCAACAUUAUUUAUGUGCUGAACUAAAAAGCUUUCCUAUAUCCGAGAUUGAAUUCUUUUUACCUCAGUUAAUUCAUCUUUUAAUUACAAAACCUUCAGAUUCGGUGGCACUAGAAUGCUUUUUAAUAGAGAUGUUUGAAAAAUCAACUCAUAUUGCACUAAUGUCACUAUGGUAUUUACAAGCUUAUUUAUCUGACCUUUGUGCAAAUCCAUCAAGUCCAUCUUUUGAACUAUGUAAGCGGUUAUUAAAUAAAGCGCAAGCUGUUGUAUUUGCAGAAGAAGAACAUGCAAUAGAAGAAUCAUUAAGUCAACGAAUGAUCCAUCAUCAACAAAGAAACAGUCAAAAAGUGCGCGAAAAUCCUUUCCCUGCCUUGGUAGGUAUGGGUGCUGUCCUAUUGGGUAUCGGACAGCCUUUGAUGACCAAGCCCGCAGGUAGAAUUGCGAUUGCACAAGGGCGUAGAAAUCGUAUCAAUUCUAUUCAUGGUACGACUCAUCCAUCAUCACUUGUACAAACAGCAGCAGAUGAUGAUGAUCAUCAUCAUCAUGAUUCCUUUUCUCCUUUGUCUUCUACUAAUCAGUCAGUACAUCUCGAUGUGUCCUCUUCACAUCAUCAUCACCAUUACCUUUCUUCUUCACAACCUGAUCUACCCGUUACAUCAUUAUCAAAAAAGAAAAAAUCUCAUCCUUAUUUUAGUCCUUUUGCAAGCUCUCCUUCUCUAGAAGAUUUACAUCGAGGUAAAGCCUUUUCAGUGACAAGAUAUAUUAAAUCUGCUCAACACAAAAUCAACAAAAAAAUGAUCCAAUUAGGAGAGGAACAGCUCACAGUGACCUCUCCCUUGUCAGAUCAUAAUAGUCUUCGAAAGAAAAAAGGCAAACAAACAUCAUUCCCUUCUGUCUUUGAUCCUACUUUAACAGCCCUUGGACAAUCCACUGUGCCAACCAAUACAGCUCCACUCUCACCUGCUUUAUCUCAUUAUCACUCCUCUUCUUCUGAAGAAAUCAUCACCACUGACCACCCUCAUUCUUCUUCAGAGGAUGAACAAGAUCCAUUUUUAUUAGCUCAUCAAGAAACAAAGCAAGCAUCAUCAUCAUCAUCAUCCUCAUCCUCUCAUAAUCAUGAUCAUGAUUCAGUAAAAGGUGCGGAUAGUCCUAUACGACGUUCCUUUUCAAAGUUAAGUAUAGAUCAUCGUAAACUAUUACUUCGUAGCAACUAUUUUAGAUCAGAGAUGCAAUUUGUGUUGGCACUUGUGGAUAUUGCAACACGAUUAGUGAUUGUGCCCAAGGAAGCACGUAUGAGUGCAUUACACGCUGAACUUACUUUAUUAAAUCAUAAUUUACCUGCCGAGAUCUGUUUACCGUUAUGGUGUCCUGCCACAGCAGAGAAACCUUAUCAUCAUCGUAUCGUUCGUAUUAGUCCUACAGAUGCCGUUGUCCUUAAUUCAGCUGAACGAGCACCUUAUCUAUUGAUGAUUGAAGUCUUGGACGAUGAAAUGAGUUUUGAAGAGAGUAGUUAUCUAAGUCCAUCAGGACAUUAUUACUGCCGUCAUCAACAUCAUCGACCUAAACGUUCACAUUCUAAACGGACCUCUAUUUCUUUAAAAAAGGAAGAAGAUGAUGACACAGUUGCUGAUAUAGGAGAGAUGAGGAAAAAGAAGGCGAUGAUGACAAAUGAACAAGACAUCAACAUUCAAAAGACCACCACCACCACUACCACCACUUCUUCAUCCACCUUUGCUGAUGAUUAUGCAGAGCGAAUGCGAACAGCAGCUGUGAUGCUUGCACAAUUACAAUCUCCGAAUAUAAUUUCCAAUUAUAGCAAUAACAGUAGUGGUAACAGUAACAGUAACAAUAACAGUAAUAAUAAUAGUCUUAAUGGCGGUAUAAAUUCCUCUUUAUUUUCUAAAUACAGAUUACACUCAUCGAGUCAUACUCAUAAUACAGAGCAUAUUCGACGAAAGAUCAUCAAAGAGAUGAUGGCUUUAGAAGAGGAAAGGAUGAAGAAGAUAAAGAUAGAGGGUGUGGGUAGUGUUGUUCAAGGGACUGAAGGAGGCUCUAUGAUGGGGGGUGAUCGAUUAUUAGAAGAUAAAGAAGAGCAUAUGAUGGCUUGGGUCAAGAUGAAGAAUAAUAAAGCCAAUAAUGAUGAUCCAAGUGCAGUUGUACUUUCUGAAGAUUGGGAGACCAAGAAGGAAAGGUUAAGACGUGCCUCCCCUUUUGGUCAUUUACCUAAUUGGCAUCUUUUAUCUGUGAUUGUCAAACAUGGUGCCGAUCUAAGACAAGAACAAUUUGCAAUUCAAUUAAUUCGUGAAAUGCAACGUAUUUGGGAGGAUACAGGUGUCAAUGUUUGGGUGAAAUAUUUCCGUAUUCUAGUUACUUCGGAUAGUUCUGGUUUAAUAGAGACAUUAAGAAAUACAAUCUCUAUUCAUUCAAUUAAAAAGACUGCAUAUACAAGAGGCUGGAAUCAAAAAGGAGCAGUCUAUACUUUAUAUGAUUAUUAUGAAAAAAUAUGGGGACCGCCUGAUUCAGAUGAAUUUUUAAAAGCGCAGGACGCAUUUAUGAGAAGUUUAACAGGAUACUCAAUCGCUUGUUACGUGUUACAAAUUAAAGAUAGACAUAACGGUAAUUUAUUGAUUGAUGAUGAAGGACAUUUGAUUCAUAUUGACUUUGGCUUCAUGCUCUCCAACUCACCUGGUUCAGUUGGGUUCGAGAUGGCACCCUUUAAAUUACCACAAGAAUACAUUGAUAUCUUGGGAGGUGUUCAUGGUGAAAAAUUUGCAGAAUACAAAGCAUUAAUGAAGGCAGCCUUUUUAGCAGUCCGAAAACAUAGUGAAAAUAUUUUAUUGUUAACUGAAAUGAUGAGUAAAGACUCUAAUUUACCAUGUUUUCAAAAUGGGGACAUGACUGUAUCACAACUACGUGAUCGCUUUCAAUUACAAUUAACAGAGCCUCAAGCAGAAGAAUUUGUUGAUAAAUUAAUCAUGAGUAGUUGUUGUAAUGUAUUUACGAGGCUUUAUGAUACCUUUCAAUAUUAUUCACAAGUAAGUCUUUUAUAUGUGUACAUGUAUUUAUUAUAAUUGACUUUAUUCUUUAGGGCAUUUUAUAAAGUCUAAAUAAUACCCAAUGUAUGUAUAUCACGUUUUAUAUAUAUAAAUAAACAAAUAUACACUAUGUAAUGAAACAAAAAAAAAAAAUUGCUUCUUUUAAAUUCUUCCCCUGUCAUGAUGAUGAUACAAAACAGAUAUUAUAUUUCUAAUUUUUUAGCGGCCUUUUUUUUUUUAUUUUUAUUCUUCUUAUCUACUCAAAUAAGAAAGAGAGAGAGAGAGACAGAGACAGAGA